ACCAGUCCCCCAGCCAAAAUGUUGUCCAUAUUGAGGAAAGCCCGUCUAAAGGACAAGGAGAUGCGGGUUUUGAUGCUUGGCCUGGACAAUGCGGGCAAAACCACCAUCGUCAAGCAGAUCAUGAAUGAAGACGUCACCACGGUCAGCCCUACGCUGGGGUUCAUCAUCAAAACCAUAGAUUUCCAAGGAUACCGACUGAACAUCUGGGAUGUCGGCGGUCAAAAGACCCUGCGCUCGUACUGGAAAAACUACUUCGAGAAAACCGAUACGCUGGUCUGGGUUGUAGAUGCGACAGACCGGCUCCGAGUCGCGGAUUGCCGUGACGAACUUGCUGGUCUUCUUCUUGAAGAGCGCCUUAUGGGAGCCAGUUUGCUGAUCUUCCUCAAUAAGACUGAUGUGGAGGGAUGUAUGACUGAGAAUGAGGUUCGAGAGCGACUCGGUCUUGAUUCAAUCCAAACCCACAGGUGGACAAUUCUGCCCUGCAGUGCAAUGACUGGGAGGAAUCUGCAUGAAGGUCUAGAAUGGGUGGUGCAGGACGCAAAGGACAGAUUGUUCCUCUACUGAUCAUAGCGCUUGAGGUACGGGAUAACUACAAGUAACAGUCAAUUAAUGAUAAAGCC